AUGAUUAACAACGAUGACUUACGAGUUUUGCCGAAUUUUCACAGAGAUUUCGUCCAUGAUACAGCAUUCAACUUUUACGGAACACGAAUGGCCACAUGUUCUAGUGACGGAUACGUUCGAAUCUAUGAUUUACAUGAUGAUGAUACAUGGCGACAAUCCGGUUGUUUCUCAUUUUCGACACCCACGGGUCCUAUCACACGAGUGACAUGGGCACAUCCUGAAUUUGGUGGUAUUCUAGCUACUGUUUCCUACGAUCGUUUUGUCAAUGUUUGGCAUGAAACUCCAACAGGACCUAACGAUCCGUCAGAAUACGCAACGAAAUGGGUGAGCAAAGACCAAUUUUAUGAGUCGUUUCUAUUUGGUUCGUCGGAAAAUCGACCAACGGGUUCAGACUCUAGUACACAUGCAUCUACUUAUAAUACAGUAGCAAUUCAAUUUGCGCCUAAACAUCUUGGACUUAUCUUGAUAACUGCGUUUUUGGACGGUCGGAUACGUGUUUACGAUUUUCAAGGUCCCAGUGUCGUAAAUAAAGAAGAAAUUCAGACAUCAAUGUCCAAUUUAAGUUGUGUAUCUUGGAGCACAGCAAGACAUCAUCUGACACCUUUGAUUGCGAUUGGAAGCGAUGAUUGUAAUACGGGUGCUGGCGCCAAACUUCAACUAUGGGAAUACGCUUCAGAUCGAAAAGCGAGUAAAGUUGAUUUAACCAGUGUAAACGCGCUGUUGCAAAAUGCAAUCAAAGAUAUUCAAUUUGCACCCAAUUUCGGUCAAUCGUAUCAUCUACUUGCAGUUGCAUCGAAUAACAUCGAGCUGUUCACAAUUCGACCUUCAAAAGAACAAUUAAAUAAUAGCAGUGAGAACAAAGCACAGAUAUACGAUGUUGCACGAAUCAACACAUUAGAUGAUCAUGGUUCCACGGUAUGGAAAGUUUGUUGGAACGUGUUCGGCUCAGUUCUAUACAGCUGCGGAGAUGAUGGAAGAAUUCGAAUGUGGAAAGGAACUAUUAACGGUCCAUGGAAGUGUGAAAGUAAUGUCAAUCUUCAAGCAGAUGCACUCGAAAAAGCCAAGGCAGAUGCAAGUCAAUCAACAGAAUCAGUAUCAACAUGA